AUGGUGAGUGAAACUGAGGACCUCUACAUCCGACAAGCAGUUGUUCUGAUUGAAGAUGCCAUAAACUAUCGCUCCAUAAAACAUCACAUGGAUACGAAAGCCCUUCAUCUGUACAGGAAGUACUACUCCAGAGCAUGGCAAUGGAUGCUGAAUAUCAUGAUAGCUUUCAUCCUUGGCCUUGCCUUCAUAGAGCGUCCUUCCUCUAUGUCCGUGACCUCUGACCUCCGCUAUAAACAGUGCCCCUGGCAAGCCCCAUGUGGACUAACUGAGACCAUUGAGAUGCUCUGCCUUCUCACCUUCACACUUGAUUUGGCUGCAAAGAUUUACAUGAUUGGUUGGGGAGAGUUUUGGAACUGCAGAUGGCUGAUGGGCUACAUGGUGGUCAUCACAGGGUCUCUCAUAGACUUGACAAUAUCCUCGACUAUGUUUUGUAAAGAGCAUGAUAUUAGAAUCAGAAGACUACUACGGCCAUUCUUCCUCUUGCAAAAUUCAUCACUGAUGAAGAAGACACUGAAAUCUAUCAAAAGGACUCUACCAGAAAUUGUGAGUGUGCUCUUGCUCGUAGUUCUUCACCUGUGUCUGUUCACUAUAUUUGGAAUGCUACUGUUCUCGAGACAAGAGGAAUCCGAGAGCAACGUAGAAUGGGAGACCUAUUUCAAGAACCUCCCUGAGUCCUUUACGUCUUUGCUGGUUCUUCUCACUACAGCAAAUAAUCCAGAUGUGAUGACUCCAGCAUACUCCUCAAACAGAUUGUACUCUUUGUUCUUCAUCCUCUUUAGUGGUUUCGGAACAUUCUUUUUAAUGAACCUGCUGACUGCCAUCAUUUAUAAUCACUUCAGAGGGUAUUUACUGCUCUCCAUCCAGACCUCCAUCUUGAGAAAGAGAAUGGCAAUCAGAGCUGCCUUUGAGGUCCUGAGCUGCCAGGGCCCAGCACUCACUCUUUCUGAAGAUGGCAUCAUUGAAUCUGUGCUGGUGAAGACGCUGACCAAGGUUCUGAGACGAGUCAAUAUGGAGUCCUACUACCGGCAAGCUAUCAUUAAAAAAGCGCUGCAGUCACAUAAUGGCCACAUUGAGAGAGAGGCCUUUCAGAUGCUGUUUGAUGAACUGGACAAAGAGAGGAUCAAACAGCACCCUCCAUUUCCAGAGUACUCCUCAGUGAUUCUGCAGAAACUCCAGCUCAGUCAUCAUGUCAUCACUGUGGGAGGGAAUGCUGUUGCUUUGGCUAACGUCCUCUGCAUCUGUGCUAUUCUCGUGAUUGACUCUGAAAAGACCUUGUCUCAGCGAGAUGACUACUAUUUGGAGUUUAUCAACUGUUUCUUCAUUAUGUGCUACCUGUUGGAGAUGUUAAUAAAAGUCAUUGUUCUGGGAUGGAGUGGCUACGUGUCCUAUGGAAGUAACAUUUUUGAUGGGUUUCUAACUGUACUGUUACUGGCUCUCCAGGUAUCUGUCUUUGCCACUUAUAGACUACCAUAUCCCAACUGGAACCCUGCCCAGAAAGGGCUGCUCCCUCUGUUUGAAAUGGCACAUCUGGUGAACAUGCUGAUUGUUGUCCGCUUUUUGAGGAUUAUCCCCAAAAUCAAGCUAAUGGCUCUGGCGGCCAGCACCCUUGUGGAUUUGGUGAAGAACCUGAGAGCUUUUGUUGGGAUUUUAGUGGUUGUCUUCUAUAUCUAUGCAAUCAUUGGGAUGUGGCUGUUCAAGGGAGUGAUCGUGUCUCACAGUAAUAUAAGUUCUCAAAUAAGGACAGUCAGUGGCAAUGAUUCAGCAGCAUGUGGGUCAUAUGAACAACUUGGCUACUGGGCAAACAACUUUGAUGACUUUGCUUCAUCUCUAGUUCUACUCUAUAACAUCAUGGUGGUGAACAACUGGCAUGUUUUUCUUGAGGCCUACUCCAGACACACAUCAGAAUGGUCAAAGGUUUACUUUAUCUCCUGGUGGUGGACCUCUUCAAUCAUGUGGGUGAAUCUGUUUGUGGCUUUGAUAAUAGAGAACUUCAUCUCCAAGUGGGACAGAAGUCAUGGGUCCUCUGUGUCUGAUGUGAGCCUGACUGAUUUUGAGACUACUGUCCAGCUGAUGUUCAGGGAACACAUCUCAGAACCCACAGAGGAGGAAAUAAUCACCAGGCUUCAUGAGAACCCCCAUCUUCAUCUCACUCUGUAA